AGUAAAAGAAAAGAUGAACUGCACCGUGUGUCUUUUACAGGCUCCAGAAUCCUUUGAGGAUGUUGCUGUUACUUUCUCAGCAGAGGAGAUGAAGAUGUUAACAAAACAAGACAAGGAGCUUCAUAAGGAAGUGAUGUUAGAGAACUAUGAAACCUUAGUUUCAGCAGGUUACAAGAUCCCCCCCGAGGCAUUGUUAGUGCUACUUAAAGAAGAUAAUCCUGAACUGGCAGUGAAUGACGAGGAGGGGAUAAACAGAACAGAACAAAAUAAUAAUUUUAAAGAAAAGCCUGACAGCAAUGGGAGCAGAGAAUGGAGCAUUUGCUGGAGUCAGCAGCCAUCACUAGGAGUAUCUGUUUCACGUUAUCCUGCAGCGAACCUGCAGCGCACUGUUCAAACUCUGAAGAGCUCCGACAAGCAUCUUGUUAUACCUGUAGCACAGCUUCAUCCAGGAUACACCAGCAACAUGAACUCUGAAUGUGACCCAAGUUCUAUAGUACAGCAAAGUCCAUUAGUACGCCAGAGAGCUAACAAAGAAAAGAAAGCAUAUAAAUGUCCUGAAUGCAAUAAGUGUUUCAGAAGAAGGGGGAUUCUAGUAAUACAUGAAAGGACUCACAUGGUAGAGAAACCAUAUAAAUGUGCUGAAUGCAAUAAGGGUUUCAGACAAAGGGGGAAUCUAGUAAUACAUGAAAGGAUUCACACAGGAGUGAGACCAUAUAAAUGUCCUGAAUGCAGCAAGUGUUUCAAACAAUGCAGUCAUCUAACAGCCCACAAAAGGAGUCAUAUUGAGAAAGUGUAUAAAUGUCCUGAAUGCAGCAAGUGUUUCAGAGAAGGAAGAGAUCUUGUAAUCCAUGAAAGGAUUCACAUGGGAGAGAGACCGUACAAAUGUUCUGUAUGCAGCAAGGGUUUCACAAGAACUAGUAGCCUUAGACUUCAUCUGUUAGCUCACAAAGAAGAGAAACCAUAUAAAUGUCCUAAAUGCAACAAGUGUUACAGACAUAGGGGGAAUCUAGUAAUACAUGAAAGAACUCACACUGGGGAAAGACCAUAUAAAUGUCCUGAAUGCAGCAAGGGUUUCACAACAACUGGUAGUCUUAGACUUCAUCUGUUAGUUCACAAAGAAGAGAAACGGUAUAAAUGUCUUGAAUGCAACAAGUGUUACAGACAUAGGGGGACUCUAGUAAUACAUGAAAGAACUCACACGGGGGAGAGACUAUAUAAAUGUCCUGAAUGUAGCAAGGGUUUCCCAACAACUAGUAACCUUAGAGUGCAUCUGUUAGUUCACAAAGAAAAUAAACCAUAUAAAUGUCCUGAAUGCAAUAAGUGUUUCAGACAAAGGGGGAAUCUAGUAAUACAUGAAAGGACUCACAUGGUAGAAAAACCAUAUAAAUGUGCUGAAUGCAGCAAGGGUUUCACAACAACUCGUAGCCUUAGACUUCAUCUGUUAGUUCACAAAGAAGAGAAACCGUAUAAAUGUCCUGAAUGCAAUAAGUGUUUCAGACAAAGAGGGACUCUAGUAAUACAUGAAAGGACUCACACUAGGGAGAGACCAUAUAAAUGUCCUGAAUGCACCAAGGAUUUCACAACAACUAGUAACCUUAGAGUGCAUCUGUUAGUUCACAAAGAAAAGAAACCAUAUAAAUGUCCUGAAUGCAAUAAGUGUUUCAGACAAAGGGGGAAUCUAGUAAUACAUGAAAGGACUCACAUGGUAGAGAAACCAUAUAAAUGUGCUGAAUGCAGCAAGGGUUUCACAACAACUAGUAGCCUUAGACUUCAUUUGUUAGUUCACAAAGAAGAGAAACCGUAUAAAUGUCCUGAAUGCAAUAAGUGUUUCAGACAAAGAGGGACUCUAGUAAUACAUGAAAGGACUCACACUAGGGAGAGACCAUAUAAAUGUCCUGAAUGCACCAAGGAUUUCACAACAACUAGUAACCUUAGAGUGCAUCUGUUAGUUCACAAAGAAAAUAAACCAUAUAAAUGUCCUGAAUGCAAUAAGUGUUUCAGACAAAGGGGGAAUCUAGUAAUACAUGAAAGGAUUCACACAGGAGUGAGACCAUAUAAAUGUUCUAAAUGCAGCAAGGGUUUCACAACAACUAGUAGCCUUAGACUUCAUCUGUUAGUUCACAAAGAAAAGAACUGUAUAAAUGUCCUGAAUGCAACAAGUGUUACAGACAAAGGAGUCUCUAGUAAUACAUGAAAGGACUCACACGGGGGAGAGACCAUAUACAUGUCCUGAAUGCAGCAAGGGUUUCACAAAAAAAUGGUAGCCUUAGACUUCAUCUGUUAGUUCACAAAGAAAAUAAACUGUAUAAAUGUC